AUGUCUUCGUGGCUGUGUACUCCAUUGAUUAGCAUCAAGUUUGCCUUGAAGUCAAGGUGUAAACGCAAACAGGCAUUGAAAGUUAGGGAGACUCGAUUCGAUGAUAGUAGCGCCUUAUCUAUCAACGAGAAGGAUACGGACGAUGAUGACGAAGACCAUCAUGACACCCAUCAGCUUCACCCUGCCGUCGCGGACUUCAAGAACUUCAUCGAAAGCCGGCCCCGCUUACACAUGCAUUUCCGUCAAAUGUGGCAAGAGACUCUGAAGCCCGACGUCGAAGGUCAUGUCAAUGUUCGCGAUUAUGAUCAUAUGCUGGAACUCCUCAGUCGGUACAUUCAACAACCUCCGCCUUGGUCGCCGGCAAGCUGGAAGAUGGGAUCCAGUGGCCUGCCGUUCAACGACAUGUUCUACUACGCUGUUCUGACUCCUUCUGGAUAUGCGGCAUUCACGGAUGCUGAAGUUGCGAGACAAGUCAAGAAGUUGCUGAUGGUGUGGUAUCAUUACUUGAGAAAUGAGAAGAGUCGAGUUGGGCUGCACACUUGGUUGGCAAAGGAGAAUGGGUGUCUCGGGGAGUUGGUGAGGAGUGCGAAUGAGGCGGUGGGGACGAAUUUGAAGUUUGAGGAGAUGUUUGAAUGUGAUGCGGAGAAGGAGUUCUAUGGAUUUGGGAGCUGGGAUGCGUUCUUCAUAAGACGAUUCAGAGAUGGGUUGAGGCCAGUUUGUCAAGAGAAGGAUGCGAUUGUGAAUGCCUGCGAGAGUAUGCCACUGAGUUUGGUAAGAGGGGUGAAGUUGCAAGAUGAGUUCUGGAUGAAGGGCUCUGUGUACUCUUUGGUGGACAUGUUUGACGAUCGAAACUUGGCAAUGGAGUUUGAAGGAGGGACAGUCUAUCAGGGGUUCCUGAGCCAGUACUCGUACCAUCGCUGGCAUGCGCCUGUGCAAGGAGUCGUUCGGCACUGCUACCGGAUCGAUGGAACGUACUUUGCUGUGCCGAGAUUCGCGGAGGAGUACUGCCUUGUGGAGACUGGACAUCUGGAAGUGGAGCGUUGUAUGGCUUCGAUGUCGUGCCUCUCUUCGCGAGCUGUAAUUGUUAUCGAAGCUGACGACCCUGCCAUUGGCACUGUGGCAUUCAUCGCAGUGGGGCUGCAUGAGGUCAGCACCACCGAACUCACGAUCAAGAAGGGGCAGAGGGUAAAGAGAGGACAGGAAAUGGGCAUGUUCCAUUAUGGCGGGAGCACGCAUUGUCUGGUCUUCCAAAAGGACAUCGUGGUCGACGGCUUCCCGAUGGACACUAAAGUCAAUGUGCCGGUCAAUGGACCCUUGGCCAGGAUCAAAUCGAGAUCAGUCGCCUAG